UGGUGGUCGGCUCCGGAACAGCUGUCAAACGCGUCGUUUACGCAGCAGUUGAUCCGAGCCCGGCUGCCUCCAAGAUGUGGUCUUGGGCAACUGUGGAUAGACAGGGAGGGAGAUUAUUUUAUUUCAUUUUAUUUCAGAGAGAGUGAAGAAGUGAAGAUGUGAGGACUGCAGUUCACUGUAGUGAAAAGAAUAAUCAUCGAAAAAGUGGGCUGGCUGCCCCUUGCUUUUCCCGCUGUGGUUGCGGAGGUGGUCUUGGUUGAGGGGAUUGUGGCAUGAUGUCUCCAUCUCUCCUCCCCUUUUUUACUCUCCCCUCCAACCCAUUCUCUUCAGCUCAUAUGUCAGUUCAGAGUCCCGUGUGUUAUUAUUACGUGUGUGUGAGCACAAAACAGUGUUUGCUGACGACGGGGCUAGGGGAAGUUCCUGGCAGAGCAAAGUCUGAUUACUUGCUCAUCUUGAUGUGGAAGAGAAAAAAAGGAAAGGAAAGAAAGGAAAAGGAAAAUAAUCUCCCCCAAUCAUCAUGCUCUACCCUCACUCCACUGGAAUAAUCUCCGUAGCUUGAACUCCAAUUCCCAACUGAAAUGACAUUUUUGGGUUAUUUGGGUGGUGAGACUGAACGGAAUUUUAAGUGUAUUUUGUUUUUCUUCCCAUGGCUUUACAAAGAGCGGCUAUGAGCAUGAAAUUGAACACCUACAACAUGCAGUUGCUUCUUCUUGUUUUCUUGAUGUGGGACCCAGCCAGGUUGGUGCUGGCUAACAUCCAAGAAGAUGAGGCUAAAAAUAACAUUACCAUCUUUACAAGAAUUCUAGACAGACUUCUGGAUGGUUACGAUAAUCGACUUAGACCAGGACUGGGAGACAGCAUCACUGAAGUCUUCACAAAUAUCUACGUGACCAGUUUUGGCCCUGUCUCAGAUACAGAUAUGGAAUAUACAAUAGAUGUUUUCUUUCGACAAAAAUGGAAAGAUGAACGAUUAAAAUUUAAAGGUCCUAUGAACAUCCUUCGACUUAACAAUUUAAUGGCUAGCAAAAUCUGGACUCCAGAUACCUUCUUUCACAAUGGGAAGAAAUCGGUAGCUCAUAAUAUGACAAUGCCAAAUAAGCUUCUUCGAAUCCAGGAUGAUGGGACUCUGCUGUACACAAUGAGGCUUACAGUUCAAGCUGAAUGUCCCAUGCACUUGGAGGAUUUUCCAAUGGAUGCUCAUUCAUGUCCUCUGAAAUUUGGAAGCUAUGCAUAUACAACCUCAGAGGUCACUUAUAUUUGGACUUACAAUGCAUCUGAUUCAGUGCAAGUUGCUCCCGAUGGCUCUAGAUUAAAUCAAUAUGAUCUGCUGGGCCAAUCCAUUGGGAAGGAGACAAUUAAAUCCAGUACAGGUGAAUAUACUGUAAUGACAGCUCAUUUCCACUUGAAAAGAAAAAUUGGGUAUUUUGUGAUUCAGACCUAUCUGCCUUGCAUCAUGACUGUCAUUCUCUCCCAAGUGUCAUUCUGGCUUAACAGAGAAUCUGUGCCUGCAAGAACGGUGUUUGGAGUAACAACCGUUCUAACAAUGACAACUCUAAGCAUCAGUGCUCGGAAUUCUCUCCCCAAAGUGGCUUAUGCAACUGCCAUGGACUGGUUUAUUGCUGUUUGUUAUGCAUUUGUGUUCUCUGCCCUAAUUGAAUUUGCAACCGUUAAUUACUUCACCAAAAGAGGAUGGGCUUGGGAUGGGAAGAGUGUAGUAAAUGACAAGUCCCCUUCAAUAAAAGCUGAAGGCAUUACAUUAACAUACAACUCAGUGAAGGCACUUCUUCAAGGAGCUAAGCUAAUAUGGUUCAAGUGUAUAGCUUUCUCAUGGCCCAAUUUAAUCCAAGAAAAGACUUUAGAGUACUUAGAGAAGUGGAUGGACUGUAUAAGCUUCAAACAAUCAUCUAAAAAAGAAAAAACUUCUGUCAUGAUACAGAACAAUGCGUAUGCGGUGGCUGUUGCCAACUAUGCCCCGAAUCUUUCCAAGGACCCAGUUCUCUCCACCAUCUCCAAGAGUGCAACCACGCCAGAACCCAACAAGAAGCCAGAAAACAAGCCAGCGGAAGCCAAGAAAACCUUCAACAGUGUUAGCAAAAUUGACAGAAUGUCUAGAAUAGUUUUCCCAGUUUUGUUUGGUACAUUUAACUUAGUUUACUGGGCUACGUAUUUAAACAGAGAACCUGUAUUAGGGGUCAGUCCUUGAAUCUAGACACAGGUUAUCUUUUGGAUGUAUAGCAACGUUAAACUUGAUUUGUUUUGCUAUGUACAGUCUGACUAAUAACUGCUAAUUUGUGAACCAACAUGUACAGUAUGUAUAUAGCGAUGUAGCUUACCAGUAGACCUCUAAUGGAGACAGGCAUUUGCUAACUCUUGGAACUACAAGCAAGAAAGCACCCCAUGCCCAAAGAACCAUUGCCUUUUUUGAAGAUUUACCCUAGGAACUGGUUUAAAGUGGAAUUCAGAUGACCUGAUUUAUUUCCUAUACCACACUUUAUGGAGCCUUUUGAUUUAGGUCUUACAUAAGAUUAUUUUCUACUGUGGCCUAACUGUAAUUGUAAAAUAACAUUGUCAUUCCAACAUGAAUUCUCCUAAGUAACAGAACCUAGUAUCUGGACCAUCAGUUCCCUUCCUGAGUGCUCAGAACCCUUGCUAGUGUAAUUGGAAGCUUAGCACACCUCAGAAGAAAAACUAGAGAUUUGAAAUCAGCUUUUAAUUACUCUGUAUAGUAUCUAUAGCCAUGUACAUAUUACAGCAUGACUAGCUCAAAUAAUUCGAGUCACCCCUGACAGGAUGUUAAUUAUGCCUAGAAUUUAAUAACUAUCAGAAUGUUGUGGCCAUUACAUUUUUAGCAUCAAUUUAUUUGAACGUAAUAAUUGAAAUCCUACCAAUUAUUUUAAUCAUUGAAAACUACCUUAAAUUAAAAAAAAAAAAGACAAUAAUGGAUCUUAUUCUUUCCAGGUAUGUGUUGUAUUGAAAUUGCUCAGCUAAAUUUUCUUGGUGCUGGAGCCUGGAAAAGUAUCCAGUUUGGCUGCUGUGGAGCAACAUUCAUAUUGGACUAGAAAAUUGUGCCAAAAACUCCCACUGAUGAGAAUUCAUAGGUGUCACAGAAUAUGGAUAAGCACUUAUAUGAUUCUCUUCUUUCCUGUUUACUGCAAAUUCUGCCUUAAGGCUUCUUUUCAUCAGGACUCAGAAGCCACUAAUUACAAAGGAAAGGGCCAUUAAUUGGCACAUUUUUCUGUCUGGAAAGCAGCUCUCUCAGAUAAGAAUUAAUGUAAAUCUGCUUUUGUAAAUUGCAACUUUAAAUUUCGCUGACUCAAAUUUACAACAGCUUUGUAUACUAGAAGAGGUUUUGGUAAGAGUUGAACAUUUUUAAACUGAAGCUUUGAAGCAUCACCAAUGGAUUGUGGAUUAGUUCACAUGCACAAACGUAAACACACACACACAUAUAAUUAGCUAAAUUAGAACACACACAUACCAACAUGUAGCUAAAUUGGAAACCACAAUUUUCAAUUUUAUAUAAUUACUAAUGGGAAAAAUUAAUUUUCUUUUAAUCUUUAAAAAAUACUCUUUAUGUUUCGGUUUAUGCCCCUGAAAUAUGUUAAUAAAAGUUAACAAUUGUGUCUUAUGCCUAGAUUCAGCGUUUUUGGCAAACUUAAAAUUCUUUUGACUCACAUAUACAUUAGCAGUUAUUAGUUGACUUUUACUAAUAGAUACACCUUUAUGAUGGUGUUUUUGUAGAAAUAUAAGUAGUCAAAUAGUGGCAUUUCUUGCAGUUUUGUACAGUAUUUCAGUAUAGUGCAUAAAUAGGUAUGUUCAUAAAAUCAAUAAAAAGAGUAUCUUAUGGAAAUAAGCAAAAUCACAACAAAAAUUGCUAUUUCUUUGCCUCGUUUAAAUUUUAUUUUUUCAUUUUCUUUGUUUUAGUGUGACUCUAUUAUGUGCUCUGCAUGAUUGUAUUAAUUCCAAGGUCACAAAUGCAUCUUAUUAACAGAAUUUGCUGUGAAGACAGCCUUGACAUUAAAAAUUUCCUCCCACAAGGUAAUCCAUCAUCCUUAAUAAAAUAAAAUUGUUACGUAAGCCAGUAAAUGUAUUUCUUUAAUUCCCUUCCAAGAACACCUUCUUUGUCAUCUACAUAGUUUUAAAAUGUGCACUUUAUUCAGACAUUGAAGUGGAAGAUAUCCUAUUUUCUUACAUAUUUAAAUAUAGCAUAGCUCUUCUGUGUAGUUCAGGAAAGUGUGCAAGUCUAAGAAGGUACACGAUGCCUGAUGGUGAGCAAUACAAAUGCUUUGUGUGGUGUAUGUUAUCAGACACUUUGAAAUUUUGUUCUUAUAAGUUCUGCAUUGCCCUCUUAAUGUCUGACUAUAAACUAUAAAUUUAUAAAUAUGUAGAUAUGUAAAAAUAGCUGUAAAUAACAGUUUCUGUAAGACAACAGGAAAGACUCACCUAUGCCUUUGGCAAGGGCCGCACUUACAUUGAUGGCACCAGUUUUAUUAAAAGUUAUGGUAGAUUGACCAGAAAAGUGAUUAUUUUUGUUACUCUUAUUUAUAUUUUCACUUGUUAAAAUCUUAUGUGAGCCUAAUGACAUCCUGACAGUUCGUAUUUUCUGAUAAUGUGGACGAAGAUUUUCUGUUAUUUCUCUCACUCUGGUGUAUGUUUUAGACACUUCUUAAUCUUUUACUUUAGAUAAAUCAGAGGGACUUUUGGUCUUGCUGGAGAGGAGGUAUGCUGCAUGGAAAAGGAUUUUAAAUUAUAAAACCAUAGUCUUUAUAAUUAUUCUUUCUUCCAUAAACCAUUUAAAAAACGAAAAAUAAAAGUGACACGGAUUUAUUAAUAAAAUUAAUUUUUCAGGAAACACAUUUUCAGUAGACUAACAGUGGUCUCUUUUGCCCAUAAUGUUAUGGCAAGUUUAUGCAGUUGUACAUGGACAUAGUUAUGGUAUGUACAGAAUGUAGAUAAAUACAUGUACAUAUAUAAAGAUAUAAUCUCAUUGUUGUAUAGCUACUGCUCCGAUUCAGCUAAUAUUUGUUCAACAAAUAUUUUUUACCUCCUACUAUAUGCCAUCCCAUGGGGAUGGUGUUAAUACCAUUCAUAUCACACCCACAGAAUUUAGUUGAAAAUUAAAGUGCAUCUCAUUCUGAUAAAGACUUAAAAUCAAAGACUGAAUGGAACAUGUAAAUUAGUUUAGCACUAAGAGUUGUUUAAUGAGCUAUGAGAUCACUGGUGUGCUAGGAUAGUGGCGGUUUUGCUCUUUUGUCGUAUCCAUGUUCCCGUUGGUUUGAAUAUAAAAAUGGAACUAAUAUAACCAUUUCAUAAAUUUCUUUAAACUUCAGUGAUUUUUUAAGUGCCAGUCUUAAUGUUUAGCAAUCUUUUCAGGGAUCUCUCUAUUUCGAAUUUAUCUCAGGUUUGGAUAAGUGAUCCCCUUGAACCACAUUUCCAAUUUUAUUUCUUAAAUAGUUCAUAGUUUAUUUAAAAAGGACACAGAUAUUUUUCUUUGAGAUAUAUAUAUAUAUAUUAUAUAUAUACACACAUAUAUAUAGCAAAUGUUUAUGACGUGGCUCUUUUUACUUUCAUGAUUGAGGGAACUGAGCUCUGCCAUGAUAUCAUAGCUUCAGAGGGACAUCAAAGCUCUAUGCAUUCUAUGGAUCCUGUACUUUGGCAUGGCCUCUCCUCAUUCCAAUGAGAGGAAAAGGGAAUAGCUCAAGUCAACUUCUGCAAAGUCAUGAUUCUUCAGCAUCUAUUAAGAAUUUUUUUUCAAUUGUUCCGUACUUGAUGCUCUCAGACAAUGUCUGCAACACGUUAAAGUGUUUAUUACUUCAUUUGAAAUCGAGACCCUAUCGAUAGGUUUAUUACACAGGUUAUUCCUGUUAUUAGUCUUCUGGAAUUCCUAUAUCUAUCUUCAUAGUUUUGAAACAAUUACCAGAUUUUUUUUUUCAUAUAAAAAACAUUCAGAAUUUCAAGGGAAUCAUGAGCUGGCAAGCUUCCCUGUAGUGCAUUUAUUUCCUUUUAAUGGAGGUCUCAUGAGCACCUCAGGCUUUCUUUUUAUUAAUAGCAAAGAACACAGAUGUGUAAAAUGUAAACUGGGGAGGGCUGUGGUUGUUUUUAAGAUCUGCAUGCUUGAGAACUAGAGACACUAUAUCAAAAUCACUCACAACAGUGUGGACAAAACAAAUUAUGAUAUUUUUCUCUAUUGAAUUCAUGCUUUAAAAAAAGAAAUUCAGUAUUUAAUAAAAUUCUUUAAUAUCCAUAACCUUGUGUUAUCAACAUUUAUAUAAAGUAUACUAAUAUUUUCCAUUAGUAUUUAAGCGCUUAUAUUUUCAUCAAAUUCAAAGACUAAUUCAGGACCUGAAAAACAGAGAAAGAAGUAUCAAAGAGAAAAACUCACUUGAAAAAUGAAGCAGUUGCUAAUUAAAUCUAGUGAUGCAUUUUUCCUCUUUAACUCCUAAGAGGAGAAAUUAUACAUAUGUAAGAAUAUACAGAAAUAUUUAACAGUCAUGAUUCUAUCAAAGUAAGCAUCAUGAUUAAAAUACUAAAAUAGAUGAAGUUCAUGUAAAAGGCAUUUGGGAAAGGUAAUAACAUAAUAUUCAAAAUAUAUUUCUUAUUAGAAUUUUGUAUCAUGUUUUUCUCGAAAAUUCUUAAUUAUCCUACGAUUUAGACCACUGGUUUCAACCUUACUUGGUUGAAAUAUUCUACUUUUCUUCAUUUGUAUAAAGAAACCUUUCUUAUAUACGUAGUUGUAUCCCCCACUUCAGACCACUUUCUGUGCGUUGUAGUUAAUAUAUAACAUCAGUUAAUAUUUCCCGUAAGCAAGAACAACUAACAGAUUUAUGUUUCAGUUUAUAAUAAUAUUCCCAAAGAACCUUUAGUAAGGUGUUAGCUCUGAUUAGAAGUGUGUAUGUGUGCGUGCAUUUCCAAGGUAUGAAAGAACAUUUUGAGAAAUUCAGACAAAUUUAUGAAAUCUAAACAAUUUAUUUUAUUAAUGGGUCCAAUCUCAAAUGUAGCUCUUAUUAAACUAGCAGUUAACUUAGUCAAUAGACUAGUUUUUUCGAUAGAUCUGUAACAAACAUGUUAAUUGGAAUUUAGUCUUCAGCCAUACAUAUGGUUAGAAAUAGCCUUCCUAUAAAUGUGUAAAUGUUUUUCCGAUGGGUUUCUAACUGUUUCUUUUGAGCCAUUAAGUUCAAAAUCAUAUCGCAAUUCUGCUUAUAAAGUAGCAUGGAAAAAUCUUUGAAUUCCAAGUUUCUCAAUGGAGGUUAGUGAAAGCCUGCAUUAAAUUAAAUAUCUGGUUAAUUAUUUGCAAAUACCGAGUCAUUGAUAUUAACUAUUGGUUAGUUGCAUACCUUUUUAAAUUGAAAGGGUUCUGAGGAUACUUUCAUGGAGGACUCAUGGCAUGCUAGUCAAUGUUCUAAGCCCUUUACAUAUAUUACCUCAUUCAGUCCUCACAACUACCGUAAAUCACUGUGUGAUUCUAGAGUUCUGGAAGUUUAGAAUUUCUAUAUAGUACACCAACACACUAGUCUAACACAUAUUUUAGACAAAGUAAAGAAAAAAAAAAGCUGUAUUUUUUUCCUUUAAUUCAAAUUUAUAUUCACAUGGUUUUGGGAGCAUCAAUCCAUUAGGAAGGCCACUAUAUACUUUCCUACAGGACAGAAACCAAGCAAACAAAUACUAAACACUAAACUGUACAGCAAUCAAGAAUCCAUUUUUGUGAAACUAGCUAUUCACCAACACUGACUACAAUUUAGCUUCUGGGAAUACAUUGCGUUUUUCUUUCUUGUUCUAUCGGUAAUGAUAAUGUAUAAAAAACACUUAAAGUUGAUUAAGCACACAAAAUAAUAAGCACUUUUCUUUGUUUUCUUCUUUUUUUAAAAUUUUAUUUUACCAAGUUGUGUUAGGGGUUGGAGAGGUUUUGUUUUUAUUUGCAAUAUUGUUGGUUUCAUGACAUUUAAACCUAUUGGGCUUCAAAGAUUAUGUAUUGAUUUCAUCAGUUUGUUGCAAAUUACUGUUUAUAGUAAGAAGUCUAAACUGACUCCAAAUAAAUGUCAGUGUUGGAAUUGUAAAGGUUGAAUUAGCUUAGUUGGUAUGAAAAUUUCAGUUUUUCUUUCUUUGUUUUAGAACACUUACUUUGCCAUAACAUGCUGCCGCAUGCAAGCCAAUAUUAUUGGAUAAAUUUGAGUAAAUCCUACAAAGUUUAUUUGUAAAAAGAAAUAGUAUUAGGAAAGAAAAACAAAGGAGUUAGACAGAGAAUUACUUUAGGGAUAAUGGCUUAUAGAUUUGUUCCCAAUUGUUUAUUUUUAAAAUAUUCAACAUAGUUGUUGAAAGUUGUUGAACCUCUUAGCUGUGUUUUAAACCCAGUGUAAUGUGUGAAGAAAUUUAAUGUAUAAUUCGAAAGGCCUAAGUAAAACUGACCUUUGAGCCACAAUUUUCAUGAAUUAAACCCUAUCAUCCAUGGAUAAGUCCUUGAUUGCUUUUUGGUCUUGGGUUCCUGCUCCAUAAUUGAUUUAAAGUUUGUUGGUAUCCAGUUUUUCUCAAGAUUCUUCUGAGCAAAUACAAAUUCAUGUUUUGGUGUGCUCCAAAUUAAGAAUGUGACCUUACAUGAAAUAUUCCCUUUAGAGGCAACUUGCAUAGAAACUUAAGAAAGUUUCAUAUUUGUUGCUAAAUUAGAAAAGAAAAAAGAAGAAUUAGAUGUUUUUCCUGUGCUACACAUUAAUGAUAAAAUUACAUGCAGAGAGAAUGCAUGAUAAAGCUCCAAUACUAAACUUUGAAUAUUCACAUUAGUUAAAAUUUGAAAUUUUCUGGGUGACAGUAUACUUGUACGGUAGAAUUCUGUUUUGAUAAAAUCAUUUGGGAGCUAAUAAAAUUGUAAUUUGUGACCUUGUUGUAAUUGGGAAAAGUCACUAUUUUUUAUGUAUGUAAGAUAAUUUGACCUUUAUUGAAUGUGUCAUUAUGCUUGCUGUUUAAAAAAUUCCUAAUUAAUCACAUGCAAAUUAAUGCUAAACAUUAUCUUUUGUACUUAUUAAAAUUAAUUUAAAUAUA